AUGUUAUCUAUGGAAAAAUUUGUGGGUCGUGAUUUGCCAAAGGACCCUUUCCACCAGCUUCUCUUGGUUGCAGAAGUCGCCGCUGAUAUAUACAAAGAAGAGAAAUUAGGCGUUAACAUUAAAACAGAGAGAUCAUUAGACUCUUCUAAAGCUUCUGCGGCGGCUGACCACGCUGAUGAUUUCAUCUUCCCCAUGCAAAAGGGGAAGCGGAUGAAGAGAAAGAAACGCCUCCAUUAUAAUAUAAUCGAACCCAUACUAUCCCACGCCUCCGUCUCAUCAUCGUCCCCCUCAGCCUGCAAAGAUCAGAAACAUCGCCUCCUCGUCAACGUUCUACCGAGCCCAACAGAGAAGCCAAAAUGGAUUUCUGAAAAAGGUGAAAGCUGUAGUGCUGCAGGCGAGAUGCCAAAAUGGAUUUUUGAAAAAGGUGAAAGCAGUAGGGCUGCAGGCGAGAUGCCGCCGCUGCCGCAACAACCACCGCCCGCACCCCUUGUUAUUAAUCCCAUAGUCAACCCACCACCGCAAGUAGUAGCAGCACCUCCGCAACCUACAGAUGAUCAUCAAAAUGGUGACGAAUUAAUGAUGGCUAUGCCUCAGGAGUUGCAAGAUUACAUUAGGGCGAGCAGCGGCUCUGACGUUGUGUUCAUUAUAGAGAAGCAGUUGUCGGGAACGGAUGUGAGCCCCAGCCACAGCCGGUUAUCCCUUCCCCUCCUCCAACUCAAGGCCGACUUCCUGAAGGCAGAGGAGAAGGAGACGUUGUCGGCGAGAAAUGCCAAUGGCAGGCCCGGCGCGAUACAGGUGUCGCUGAUACCGCCUACGCUGCAGCGCAUAGCGAUGAGUUUCAAGCGGUGGGACAUGAGAAAGAAGGCGGGGAAGGUGAGCUCUUCUUACGUCUUGGUGAAGCCAUGGAAUGAGGUGGUUGAAGAGAAUGGAUUGAGGGAAGGUGAUUGGGUGCGCCUGUGGUCAUUCCGGUGUGCUUCUCAGAUCUGCCUCGCUCUGGUUGAGGUUCAGCAGCCGCAGCCUUAA